AUGAUGCAUUGCGGAAAAGACCCGGCGCGGACAUUCAAAACUAUGGCAGAAAACGCGAUUGAAUUCGAACCAAAUUUAAAGUCAGAAGAAACGGGAAAACCGUCUAGUGUUGACACCGGAGACAAUAUGAUGGGGAGACUGUCGUGUUCUUUAGAAAAGGAUAUCAACUCCCAAAACAACCUGAGUUUAACACAUAAAGUCCUAACGUUACAGCGUGUUUCCGACGACUUAAAUCCACACCAACACUCUACGGAAAUCGCCGGAAAACUCUCAUCACAGUCUUUAAAAACAUGUUUAAAGGCGAAAGACGGCAAACAGACGACAGGUGGUUCUUCUGAUCACGGAAUGAACCUCGAACAGAUCAGUGCGAACUGUACAGAAGACAAGGAAAACACCGCCGUGCCCUCGACAAGCAGCACUCCCGACAACAUCCAAGAGGAGGAGAGUUCUGGCAGUGUGAAACCACACAGUAACACAGAGGACUGUGAUGAUGAAGUGUUUAGAAGAGCACAGGAGGAAGGCCGUGUGGACGUGGUCUUUCCUGGCACUGUAACCCAGGAAGGAUGCUGCCGGUUUGUCAGCGAGAUCCUCAAGUGCAUACUCUAUCAGAGGCAGCAACUACCGAUGACUUAUGACCAGCUGGUGUACUUGCAAAAGAAACAACAGACCUCAAUGCAGGACAAGGACACAGUGAGUCGAAGGCCAGUGCAGUCUGCAGAAAUGGACGGGCGUAAAUGCCAGCAGACCCUUCAGCAGCUAGAGGAGGUUCUGCAGCAGCUGGAGGUGUUGUUUUCCCUCAGCAGGGUCCCCCGUGUGUUGCUGCUGAUGGGCGGCUCCAUUGUACUCCCCAAAGAGCUGUAUGAGAUCAAUAUGGACGCACUGGUCCUGGCUGGCGGAGAUCAGAGUCUUCGUGUAUCUUCAUGCUUAAGGCAACUCUUCCGCACGCUGUUUGUGGCUGACCUUUUGUCUGACACCAGGCCAGUGCGUUUGAUGCCCACGACAGUCUUCGCUCUGGCUCACAGGGAUUGUGGCGUAGGUUGGUUCCGCCCUAAACUGCAAUUUAAAGUGCCAACUCGAGUAAAGAACCAGAUUAUUACUCUCACUACUGAUCCAAACACCUGCAAGGUACCAAAGGCAGAGGAGUCCGAUUGGCAGGAUUAUGUGUGGUUUCAGGCACCCAUGACCAUCAAGGGCUUCAGCAACUGACGCAUAAAGUUGUGAAGUGUGACACCCUGUGGACGAGUUUCAGGAAUUGGUGUCCCACUGAAGUUUUAAUAGUGGUUCAAUGGAGUUUAAAGUUAACUUCUGAAUUUAAUUGUAUAGAUUUUAAUUAUGAGUAUCAUUUUCUAAGUAGAUGCCAGAUAAAAAAAAAUAAUGGAUUUACUGACACAAACAAACCAGUACCAUGUAUUAUGUCUUUUUAAUCUUUCAUCCCUUUAAAGUCUCUUUCCAUGAGACUUUGCCAACAUACACACCACACUACCAUAUUUUUAUAUUGAUUGUUUUGAGGACCUUAAACACAACCAUACACAUAACAUUGGUGCAAUAUUUUUAUUAAUCAUAAUAAAGAUUAAAAAAAUAUAAUAUAUUGUUUUCUUUGUUAUUAACAUUAAAGUGCCACUAUCAUUAGUUUGUCAGUUAAAACCACUCUGUAGGCAAUGUAGAGUUGUAGGGAAAUCAAG